GGGGGCCAGGGAGCGGCGGCGGGCGCGGGGCCCUCCCGGCGCUACCUGUGCGAGCGCCGCGGGGCCGGGCGCGGCUCCCAGCAUGGACUUUGACGGUGGGUUUGCGUCUUUGCCGUUCAGGAGCCUGGAGGAGGAGGAGGAGGCGGCGGCGUCGGUGGGACGAGGGCCGGAUCCCCGGGCACCGCCGGAGGAAGGGGCAGCCCGGCGGGCGGGCACCGUGCGCGGCGGGGCCGCGCUGCCAGCACGCUGCUCGCACGGACACCGCCCCGCCGCGCCGGGUCCCAGACGUGAAGCUGUCUGUGCUCUCCUGGGGACGAGGGGACAACCUGUUAGAAGCAGACGUGGUUCUGAUUUCCUCGGAAGAAGCACAAAAGGAGAUGUUCUGUUCUUUGAAAAUAACUGGAGCCACUGGCAAGAAGCAGCGACACUGCAUCGAAGGAGGGAACCACUUCCAGCUGAUCAAACCAUGCUGCUGAACUGACUUCUGCAGCUGCGUUUUCCAAUGUACCAUGGGAUGCAUCAAAUCCAAGGCUGCCUUCCAAGGUUCCAACGCUGUCCAGGAUGAGCGGAUCGGGGCGGGUGGCGAGGGGUGCACUGGGGAGAAGUCGUCGCUGCUGGCGGUGCAGGCGGAGGAGAGGGGCCCCUCGAGCACCAUCGUGCUGGACUACGCGCAGCGGCUGUCGCGCGAGAUCCUGGAGCAGGCGGUCAAGCAGUGGGCAGUGACCGAGAGCAAGUACAGCGACAUCCCCUUCAUCGAGAGCGACGUGCCCUGAGCCUCCUGCCAGCGCCCCCGUGGGGAGGUGGCUGCAGGGAGAGCCUGAGAAAAUUUGCCUUUUAGAUUGCUAACAGACUAAUUGGAUCGCAGUAGAAGCCAUUCGUCGAGUGUCAUUUGUUGUCAGCCGUGUGUUGAGUCAAUCUCUGUCUUUGUACGUGCUGGAUGUGAGCAGAAAUCAGUGCUAAAAGGAGGAUGAGAAGACUGUGGCUGCCCUGCACCUCUACAAGCACUGCCUCAGAGGACAAAACGUGCAUUAUUUCUGUGUUCUGCAUUAAAGAUCAGAGGUCUGUCUGUAGGUGAGAUGAACUCGCUGUGCUUGGUGAAUUUGUCUGCUGUUUCGCUGAAGUGAAAUCAAGGUCUGCAUGUAGCAAAGGUUACUGCUAUCAUAAAUUUUACUUUUGAUUCUGUGACCUAACCAAAUCUGUAAAAUCACAAAAUGAAGGUGAUGGGAGGCACUUUGUAAACCCCAGCAGUAUUCAGGGAGCCAUUUGGAUGAUGAUGCUAUUCACCUUCCAUUGAAGUGAACCAGUGAGAAACAUGCCAGUGUCGAUAAGCAGCGCAUUAUCAUUAACAGAUGCUUCUGUAAAUGCAUGAGAGCUUGUCUCUAAAACCCUGCAGUAAGAUAGGUUAAUGACAUCUGGUCGCUGUGUUCAGACCAAAGCUCUUCGGUUUUUUGGUUUUGUUUGGGGAUUUUUUGUGUUAGGGUGCUGGUUUGAGAGGAUUUGGUUUUGUUGCUUUACCGUAACCCAGAGAGAUGUGCAAAAACUACUGGUGGUAACUAGUGAAAGGAACCUUCAAAGGUGUGGCAGUGCUUCAGGACAGUUUGUUUCAUGGGAGCUGUGGCUCCAUUACACUGAAAUUCCUCUCUGAAUACCAUCCUUGGGACAGGACAUCUUUCAGCUUCUGUCAGCUGCUGCUUCCCCACUGGAAAAGCUGUUCAUGGCAAUUCCAGCAGGAGCCACAGGAGCCCCAUCCCUGAGCAGUGCCCUGAAUGCAGAGUUAGGGACUAAGCCUGAGGCCCAAAGCUCAAGGGCUGCAUUUCUCCCCCAGUGCAUCCACACGCUGCUCCCUGCUUGCCCAGGACCCACAGCCUGACCCACUGCACUCACAGCUGCCCUUUGACAGAUCAGGGCACCCAUGGAUUGUUUUCAUUCAUCCCAAAGGUACAAUGUUGCUGAUGUUUUAUCCAAAGUGAAGCCUUCUAACAGCUUGGCUUUUACCACCUGUUGGUUCCUUUCUCUGUGAUGCCCAGUUUAAAAGACAAAGUUCUUUUUCCUAGAUCAGAAUGCUUUCUAUUUUGUUUUCAUUUUAUAGAGAAAUGCUUUCCAUACUGGCUAAAGCUGUUACUAUUUUUAAAAGGUACACAUAGUUCUAGUAAAUGAUCCAAAGCAUGAUUUUUCAAGCAAUGGGAAGCAAGCAGAAAGAGGACCAUGUCAAAUGCUGUAGGCAGUCUAUGAAUUGAGCUGUUUUGCAAAUGUUGUGACACAAACUUAGAUAUUUGAAAUUUACCUAUAUGGGGAAAGGGUUUUAUCUGGAAUGAAGGGUGGAAAAUGCUUCUCUGUGACACAGCACAAGGCUGCCAUUAAAUCCCAGUGACCAGACUGGAUUCCCAGUGACCUGCUAUUAGGACUGUUCUCAGGCUUUUGCUGGAAAAGGGAACAAAAUCAGCUUAUGCUGUAAUGUCCUCUUUGAAGUUACAUAGCUGUCUUCAAAGCCAUUUGCAAAGUGGGACUAAGGUUUUAUGGUUCACUUAAAUUCUCCUGCUAACAGUGACAUUCCUUCCAGUUCUACAGCAUAUAGAACAUUUGAUCAUACUCUGUUUGCUCUAAAAUACCUCCAUGUAUUAGUGUGUGUUAGAAAGCAAAGCCAAAACACUGAUCAAGUCAGUACAUAUCAAUUGGAUAUUGCUUAAGCACAGUAUUAAAAAAGAUUCAUAUUUUUACUUUAGCUAAAAUAAAGCUUUAUCACAAAAUAGAAAAAAAAAGGGCCAACCUUUCUAACAUGAGUGUGGGCUUGAGGAUGUGAACACUGCUAACGACAGUAAUGAAAAAUAAAAAGCCAAAGCUCCACAGCCAUUGUUGGCCAGGCAGGUGAGGAGCAGGUAGAACACUGCACUCACUGUCAGAGCACCUUGGGGUGCAUCUGCCCUUGCCCUUGUACAAGGCUCCCUGGAGGCUGCCACGGGCAGCGAGGUGCUGCAGUGCUUCCUCUUGCCACGUCUCACAUCCUUCCCCUGGAUGCAGCCUUAGCACCUGACACUCUUCAGGAAUAUCAGAUGCCCUUUUGAAAGCAGCUCCCUGCUGGCAGCUGCCUGCAGCAGGCUGAGCUAUAGCACAGCCUGAGGUUCCACCCCAGCAUCCCUUGGGAUCAGCACUUCCCCAGAGCAGGGGACGUGCCCCAGGGUCUGCUCCCCUGUGGAGGAGCUGCUCUGUGGGGUGGCUGCCGUCCUGCCCCACAGCACCAGCUCCUUGGUGGCCCGACCAGUCCCUCACCUGCAGCCACCAACCUCAGCCCUGCUGGUGCCUGAAGAUUGCAGCAGCUCCAGAAUGGCCCCAAGUGCAAUUCCAGCUGCUUUGGGAUGUUUUCCAUGACACUGGCACUUCAGGGAAGGCACGCAGCAAAUGGAAAGCAAACAACAGGGAGACUGCUUCUCACCAGGAAAAUCAUCUCUUUUCCAGGAUGCUGUCCUUAUAAAUAAUGCACUUACCCUUAAUAGAAAAUAAAUCUGUUCAGUGCUAGUCUGGUAAGAGAUGGAAGGAGGUCUCUCUCCAGAGCUCUGCUGUACAUUUAACAGGCACAAUACACAAUACUAAUACAUGGCAAAAAUCAAGACUUCUUCACCUAAAUAAAUUUGUGCUGUGCUAGUUUUACAGAGCCACUGACAAUGGGUUUCCAGCUAAGUUACCAUUGAUUCUUUGACUUCAUUUUGUGUAAUAAAGGCGCUCCAGUUUGGGACUGGCAUACUCUGCAAAACUGUUUACUUCUAUUUAGGAGUUAAAAAUACAUUUGCUUUAUAUUUUCUCCAGGAAACAAGAUUAAUCUGAGUGGGUAUGAUGUGACUGACUUGAUAUUCUAAUAAUGGUUCAAAACACAUUAACUGCAGCACAACUUGGUAAAGUUGACAUUUCUGGACUAAGGCACAUCAGUAUUCCCAAAUAAAACACACUACAAUAUAUUUUUACAAUAUUUUUUGUGGAAAAUAUUUUCUUGUGGACCAAAUAAAAUUCAACUUACCAUCUGCUUGUAUGCCUUUUAUUUGAAAAAAACCACAAGAUUGCAAAGAUUGGACAGGAUCCAGUUACCUUGAGCUUGGGAUAAUUCCUGUUCACAGAAAUUCUGGAAGCAAUUGAACAUGCAAGUCAAAGUUUAUUAAUUCAAAAGUAUGUUCUACCUAAGAUCUUGUACAAUCAGAGGAGCCAUGAUCCUUACUCCCUGGGAAUUACCGUGUUUUUCAUUUAAUAUAGUUGACUGAAGACUGCUCCUUUUAUACAAAAAUAAUGGAAUUAUUAAGAUAACUCAUUUUGAAAAAAUAAAUUUAAAAUAGCAAUUGUUUAUGGAUGUAAAACAUAUAAAAAUUCUAAAUAAUACAGGGGGAGGUUUGCACUUCUUAUGGGACCAACUCGAGCUAGAAAAUCAUGUGAUGCUUUCUGAAUUACCUAGACAUUUUCAUGAAAUCUCAAUUACUUUUGGAACUAAACUCAAGGACAGUCCCAUAACAAGUAUGUCCAUGGUAACAUAAACUCACAGCUGAAAUUUCAACAAUUUUAUCUUACAACACUCUAGUGCCAAAGCAAGGCGCCAUUUCUUCUUGAUUUAGCUCCCCAUUUGCUCACCUCUGAUUUUUUGAAAGUCACUCUUGGUAGUUCACCUUGGUACCUGAAUUUCCUGGACUUUGUUUCCAGGCAACAGCUCCUAGAAAGGAAGGAGCCUUAAGCCAUUGCAGACCAUUGCUGUUGGUCAUAAAAACUGCCCAGCGCUGAAAACUCCACAAUGGUUCUGCUGCAGCUCUGAGUUUUUGAUUCCCCAAAAAGUCAGGUGGUGCUGGUUACUGACUAUGGCAUUUGAGCAGAAGUUUUCUUCCUUUGGUCUUCAGAGAAGCCAAAAUUUGUACUUGUGACCUGCCUGUAAGUGUAGAAGUAAGCAGAAAGAAACACUGCUGCGUGAUCUGGUGAAGCAUAAAAAAGAAGGCGUAAUGUUGAAGAAAGGUUAGUAGCUGUCUGUUGCAUAUACAAUAGAAAAAAUAAUUUCCCUCCCACAAACACUUGUAUCAAGGGGUUCUGGUUAUGUUGUGUGAUUUCAUGUAUUACCAGCAUCAGAACCCUGCCACCUGGAAUGCACUGGGAUUUGCUGCUUGGUGUUCACAGCAAGGUUUGAGGCACUUGUUUCUUCACUGCUGUAAGACCAAGAAAAACCAGCAAUUUUCUGAAAUUGUGAAAUACUGAUUAUGCAGUUGAAUCAGACAUAAUGACAUUUGAAAAAGUGGGCUAUGCAAGCAAAGAGAAGUGUGCUUCAGGCUCUGGCAAGAUUAUCACAUUUGAAACAAUGUUUACAUCACACAGCAAGGCUGAAAAAUGACAAAUGUUUAAUUAAUAGAACAAUUUCUUGUUCUCAGACUAAUAACGUAUCAGUCUGAACUUUUAUUUAAAAGGAUAUUUAACACCAUGGAUUCUGUCUUGCAUUUUCCUUUGUAGCUCUGACUGCAUUAAAGGUUAACCAUAUUUUAUUUUCAUUGUACACAGAAGAAUCUGUGGCACAAAUCUCAAUUUACCAGAUCAGUGACAAAGCCAAGAACACAAAAGGUCUCUUGACUUUUUCUUAUUAGGUCACCCCUUAAACUGUGCUCUUUUCCCCAAGGGCUCCUCCUAAACUAAGAGUUGAUGCAAAAAAUUAAAUGUUAAUCACUGUGUAAGCAGUAAAAAUAACAAUUUGCCUUGAAGUGAUUUUUCCCAUUAUUAAACAGAGAUACAAUUAUUUUCUCAUUACAGAGAAUGUUCCUGAAUGCAAAAAAAAAAAAAAAAAAAAAAAAAAAAA